AUGGCUGAGCAGCUGGUUCUUCGCGGCACCCUUGAGGGCCACAAUGGCUGGGUUACUUCCCUCGCCACCUCCCUGGAGAACCCCAACAUGCUGCUGUCCGCAUCCCGCGACAAGACCCUGAUCAUCUGGAACCUUACCCGUGAUGAGCAGGCCUACGGUUACCCCAAGCGCAGCCUCGAGGGUCACUCGCACAUCGUCUCUGACUGUGUGAUCUCCUCCGACGGUGCCUACGCUCUGUCCGCCUCGUGGGAUAAGUCUCUCCGUCUCUGGGAGCUUUCCACCGGUAACACCACCCGCACUUUCGUCGGCCACACCAACGAUGUUCUGUCCGUCUCGUUCUCCGCCGACAACCGUCAGAUCGUCUCCGGUUCCCGUGACCGCUCCAUCAAGCUGUGGAACACCCUCGGUGACUGCAAGUUCACCAUCACCGACAAGGGCCACACCGAGUGGGUUUCCUGCGUUCGCUUCAGCCCCAACCCCCAGAACCCCGUCAUUGUCUCCGCUGGCUGGGACAAGCUCGUCAAGGUUUGGGAGCUCGCUUCCUGCCGUCUCCAGACCGACCACAUCGGUCACACCGGAUACAUCAACACCGUCACCAUCUCCCCCGACGGAUCCCUCUGCGCCUCCGGUGGCAAGGACGGUACCACCAUGCUCUGGGAUCUUAACGAGUCCAAGCACCUCUACUCCCUCUCCGCUGGCGAUGAGAUCCACGCUCUCGUCUUCUCCCCCAACCGCUACUGGCUCUGCGCUGCCACCAGCAGCUCCAUCACCAUCUUCGACCUCGAGAAGAAGAGCAAGGUUGAUGAGCUCAAGCCUGAGUUCGUUGAGAAGGGCAAGAAGAGCCGUGACCCCGAGUGCAUCAGCUUGGCCUGGUCCGCUGACGGCCAGACCCUGUUCGCCGGUUACACUGACAACAAGAUCCGUGCCUGGGGUGUUAUGUCGCGCGCAUAG